AUGGGCGGCAGCAGCUGUAUCCAUACCCACCGGAGACAGAGCCACGGCCACAGCCAGAACCACAGCCAAGGCCGCCACAGUAGUUACUGUAGUAGCAGCACAAGGUGCCAGCAAUUAAAGGUUCCGUUGAUGGUGGGAACCAGUGUCCUCAAUCCGAAUGCCACCGUCUUCCAGGGCUUUUACGUCUCUUCAGUGAUGGCUAGAGCAAACCACACAGGAUGGGCUGCAGCAGCCAUAUCCGUAGCCACCGUACCCGUGACAGCCACAGCCGUAGCCACGGCCAUAGACCCCAUAGCAGUUGCUGUCGAGGCGAGGCAAGUCACAGGCGAAGUUGCUCGUAUUGCAAAUUAUUUUGCAUUAACUACGAACAAUGCCAACUGCAAAACUCUCAUUUUGUUAGGCAGCGUGAAGCCUUCAGAACCCAAACUGCUCUGCUGUUGUGUCAAGGCCAACAACAAAAUUCAACGACAUUCUAGUCUUCAGAAUGAAAGCUCACUUGAAUUAAAGCCUUCACCUCUCCUGCCCCUCUUGAGCACAACCUCAACAGCCAACACCAUGUGUGGAAGCUACUACGGAAACUCUUAUGGAGGCUGCGGCUACGGGGGCUGCGGCUACGGGGGCUGCGGUUACGGGGGCUGCGGCUACGGGGGCUGCGGCUACGGAGGCUGCGGUUACGGAGGCUGCGGCUACGGGGGCUGCGGCUACGGAGGCUGCGGUUACGGAGGCUGCGGCUAUGGGGGCUGUGGCUAUGGAGGCCUGGGCUGUGGCUAUGGCUCCUGCUAUGGCUGUGGCUAUGGAUAUCGCUCCCACUCUCUCCAUGGCUGUGGAUCUGGCUGUGGCUACUAG